AUGAAAUCUGUAGAAGAACAAGUCGAGUUUUUAAAACAAAGAUUCAGUCGUAUUUUACUGGGGAAGGCAGAGUAUACAGCCCCAGGGCCAACCGUUAAAGGCUGUAAUAAAGAAGCUUCUAUUCUGAUAUUACUCAAGUGGAAAGGUAAAAUGCGAUAUACAGUAAAGUAAAUUAUAAAACAAACUUUUUUAAAUAUAAUUAAGCCUUUUUAUCUUUUUAAGUUUAAACUUUUAUUUUAAAAAAUUGGUAUUUAAAAAUAAUUAUUAGGUUGUUCAAAUAAGUAUGAGCCCUUUUCAAAGCAAAUUUUGAGAGGUUGGCGGCUCAGAAUUAUUUGAACAAUCUACUAAUCAAACCUACAACAGGGUAAUUCAAUUUUUCAUAAGCUCAUUGUACGUAAAAAAAUUAUUGCUUUUAGUAUAAUAUGUUACUGUAUAGUAAAGGAAAGUUAUUACCUUUUCAGACAAUGAUUGGCAUGUGUUCCUGACAUUACGUUCCGAACAGAUGAGAUCGCACGCUGGUGAGGUUUGUUUUGCUGGUGGUCAACGAGAAGAUCGAGACAAAACAUACGUGGAGACCGCGUUGAGGGAGGCUCAUGAGGUAAUAGCCAUGAAAAAGUUGUUUAUAGGAAAUCCGAGAAAAUCAGGAUCAAAAAAUUAUGUUUUGAAUUUCCCGCUAAAUUGGCAUUGUGUUUCAAGCUUAUAACUUUGUCAUUUGUUGACUUUUAAUCAUUUUUCUUUGAUAUACUGGUACAAAACCUUUAAAUAGACCUACGUUUCCGAAAUUGUAAAUGUAGCUUGUCCGGAACAUCCAAAAAAGUACUUGCAACACAAUGCCAAAUUUGCUAAAUUGGCGGGAACUUUAAACAGGGGACCUGAAGUACUUUCUUUGUAAAUUUCGGCUAUUUUCAGUUAAAUUCUCACAUUUAAAACACAAUUUUUCUCCUUUUCAGGAAGCCGGCGUACCAUCAGAGAACCUGCAAGUAGUCGGAGCUUUGUGCCAUUUCAUAACGAGGUUUGGCAUCCAAGUACAUCCUGUAGUAGCUGUGCUGAAAGAAGAGUUUACUCCCGUAUUAAACGAAGAGGUUUCACGAUGUUUUUGGAUGCCAUUUAGCACGUUUCUGUCUUCAGAACAUCACACAUCGUUACACUUCCCUGAAGUCAAUUUGAGAUCUCAUAAGAUUAGUGUGAGUCAAAGUUUUAAAGCUAUAUAUACUUAUAACAGGCCGUUGUGUAUAUAGGUUUUUGUCUUCAUCAGUAACAUAUUUUUCACUUUAUAGUCAGGAGCUACUGUGAUAGUUUUGAGAAUAUGUUAUAGUAAUUACUAUUAGGUCGUUCAUUUAAUUCUGAGCCUUUCUUAAAGCAAAUUUUUGGUGUCUAGAGGCACAGAAUUAUUUGAAUAACCUAGUGAUAUAAUACAACUUUUUCAAACUAUAACAAUGCCAUUUCAGUACAAAGACGAGUAUGUAUUUGGAUUUACAUCGUAUGUAGCCAUUGUCGCCGCUGUAACCAUUUAUGAUAGAUAUCCAGAGUUUGAGGUGUUCUCAAUGGAUACUACCAAGGCUCCAGCUGAUAGUGUAGCAGAUCAGUUUGUGGAAUAUAACACUUUACCUCGGUUAAUGAAGCUGUCCGAGUACAAUAAUGUCACCAAGAGCAAAAUUUAA